UAUUUUAUUUAUUUGGUAUAGUUCUCGCCUCUCUCUCUCUCGGUCUCUCGUCUCUCUCUCUCUGUCGGCGAUGCAGAGGCUGUCGCUAGACUCGUCAGCUUCGAAGCUCUAUAGCUAUGGAGGACGAAAGGACGAGGUCUAUAAUGUCGAUGACUUGAAGCGUAAAGAAUCGUCCUCUUCUCCUUCUUCUUCGUCCUCCGUCGAUUACGACGAUCACGAGUUCAAGGAUUCAAAGCCACGGCGAUUAUCGCUGCAAUUGCCGCUCUCGGCGUCGCACCAAAAGCAAGAGAAACUCGUUCACUUCAUUCCUGUGCUUACUCUAAUCUGUUUCGUCGUGCUCUACCUCACUUCUCAUCCUCCAUCGCAAUCAGAUUUGGCUCAGUUUAGUGGAUUCCACCAUCCAUCGAAGCAUUUAGUAGAUUCCGGCGAAAACGGCGAAGUAUCGGGACUCGUCAGGGCCAAUGUUCUGGCAAUCCGUAGUAGCAUAAGGAACUUGCAAGAAACGGAAAAAUAUCCGCCGAAGUCAUUCCCGGCGCGUCACCGUAAUUCCCACCGGAAAACCGCCAUCUUCUAGAUUCUCUCACACACUAUUGGCACGUGCAUUUGGUGAGGAGAUGAUGCCAUGUGGGCUCGUGAUGACGUUUGCCGUCCCCUCUCCUUUAUUACGCUUUUCAUUGCAUCCUCUCUCUCUCUCUCUCUCUCUCUCUCUCUCUCUCUCUCUCUCUCUCUUGGCUCUGUUUUGUAAACCCUUUUGUUCUUUCUCGAUAUAUAUAUAUAUAUAUAUAUGUUAUGCUUUUGGUGUGGCCCAAAUCUUCCGAUUUAUGAAGUCUAUUAUUGAACUUUGGCCUCAUUCGCAGUUGUAAAUCUUAUACUAAUUAAAAGCGAAAUUAAUUGCUAGGAGUGUGUGUGUAUAUAUAUCGUUUAUCAGUUGGGUGUAUAUUCGUUGUGUAAUGUAAAUGAGGUUGACGUUUGACUAAUCCG